CAACAGUGCAACGAUGGCUCACGCACGUAUCGUUCGCCGCAGCUGACCUCCCUAAGCAAUUGAUGUUCGCUCCCUGACAGGCGAGAAAACACGAAGCGAACGCUGCUGAGAUUCAUCCGUCAAGUGCUGCCCCCGGUUGAUGCGUUGCGUUUCCCUCAGGUGUUUGCACGGCAGAUCCUUGGCACAGUUCGGAUGGAGCUCUGUCAGCCCGAGAGCCGUCCGAAAGAGAUGGCGGCGGAUCUGCACGGGGCAGGUGCUGCCGUCACAUUGGUGCAGGGGCUGGAGAGGCUCCACGUCCUGGACUUCGAGUUCAGCCUCUCAAGGAUGCAAGUCAUGCCCAUGUACGCCAGACAUUCAAACAAACUUUGCAGGAUGGAUGGGUGGUCAACGCAGUCAGCUACACAACACCCUCUGCAAAGACAGACAGUCGCUCUCUCCCUGACUCUGUCUGCUGUGGUGUGUUGUGGUGCAGCCUGACUGAGCUGCUGUCGGCCAAGCGUCCCCGGACGCCCCGACCCACAGGCACGUCCACACAGCACAGCACACGCAAAACUAAGGCGAGGCAAAGCACACAUGUACAGAAGCAAUGCUUCUUGUGCGCCUUUCCAGGGUCUGUGUGCGGCGUCGGCCUCAGCAGCAGCAUGGUGGCGACGGGAGAGGCCAAGAUGAGGGCCGUGCAGGGGCUCAAGAAUGAGCUGGAGGCCUUCAGGGAGGAAAUGAACAAACUACACAAGGCCAUCGAAGACGAUCUCGACAGACUGUAAGACAAAACCCCUCUCACUCAAACACAGACAAAGGGUGGAUGGAUGGACGAAUGGAUGCCUUCACGGUGUUUUUCUGGAUGUGUCAGGAGUGUUCACCUGCCCAUCAAGUCUCUGUGCCGCCUGCGGCAGAGCGACAUCCUGGGCUAUCUGACGUGCGGCGGCACACGUCACCCUCCCACACAGGCCAUCACUCUCCUCCAUCCAUCACCCACCCUCCCCCACACAGACCCGCCCAAAGAGCACAGCCACACGUCCAAGUCCCGCUACGCCAUCUGCUCGCCAGCCAUUGGCGACGACUCAGACCUCCUCAAGCGUGCACAGGACGCGGCCAACAAGGCCAUGCUCCGCCGACUCGAGGAGUUCAUCCGCGAUGAACGACGAGACACCGUCCGUCUCAUUACCCCACCCGCCCUGCAGCGGUACAGCCAGCAGCUGGCGGUGCUGGCUGGCCGUGUGCAGAGGGUGCGUGAGCUCAAGGUGGCCUUGCGGCAGUGUCUGGCCAAGGGGGUGGUGAUGGAGCUCCACCUGGACGAGGAGGGCCGGCCGACCAAGAAAGCCAAACAAGGUGGGGGUGGUGUCGGUGGUGGGGAUGAGGGGUAUCAUGGGGAUGACGAGAGCGGCGAUAUGGAGAUGGACGACGGGGAGCUGGUCGAGGACGAGUGCCGUGACGAGAGGGAGAUCAGAGGCUCGUUCGGUUCGCCGCCCCCGUGCCCCCCUCCCACACUCAUCGACGAGCCGCCCGAGACUGCACACAAGGAGGCAUCGGCCAGCAGCACCAAGACGAAGCUGCCCGAGCCCCCGAGCUUCUGCCGUCGGACCGUCAGCUGCCGUGAGGCCCUCAUCAACUCAGGCGAGAACCUGCGCCAGAUCCACCUCAUUCUCGACCUUGACGCGACCCUGGUACGCGUAUAUCAAAAGGAUUGUCCAAUCCCCUCUCUCUAUCGUUAUGCGUGUGUGUGUGUGUGUGUGUAUGUGAUUUCCUGCCUCUUGUCAGGUGCACGCCGACGCCGUUCAGGCCAUCGCAGUAGAGAAGCGCCGUCCCGUGCCGGACGCCUACCAGGUGCGUCUUCCCCGAAGGGUUUGGUUGAAUGGGCACAAACCCUGGGGGGUUACAACUGUCUUCGUUGUAUCAGGCUGACGACCCGCCCCCGCCCCUGUUCCAGCCGGCAUCGCGGCUCAAGCGCCUGUCACCCAGCAAGAGAGUGGCCGGCAAGGACGACGACGGUGCUGCCGUGGCUGCAUCGGGGGGCAAGGCGAAGACGCCCCGCGAUGUGCUCGAGGAGGCCGAGGCGAGGCUCAUCUCCAAGAAGGUGGAAUUCUUCGCAAAAGGCGCGUACGUCGACCGACUGGUGAGAGAGGGAGAGGGAGAGGGAGAUGGAGGGAUCAUGUGUUGGAUGAAUAUUAUUGCGUUCUCUUUGCCUCAGGUGGAGUAUCAGCUGUUUGUGCGUCCUGGCGUGGUGGAGUUGCUGCAGGAGGUGAAGCGUACACAGAGCAAGCAAGGCAAUCGUGUGUGUACUUACGUGUGUUGUGUCUGCGCGUGUGUGUCUGCGCGUGUGUGCAGGCGUUCCAGUGCCGUCCUGGCGACCGCGGGUUCUUCAAGGUCCACAUCUGCACACUCGGCAAGGAGGCCUACGCAAAGGUACGUGGGGACCACCACACACACACACACACACACACAGAGAGAGAGAGAGAGAACUGGAACAUCCCUCUCUCCCUGCCUCCCUCCCUCUUUCAACACAUGUCUGUGUCCCUCGAUGUCUUUCCGUCAGGCCAUUCAGAAGACACUCGAGGACAUGAUGAGUGAGACAGCGCCCAAUACACACUUGCCUGCCUGCACUAGUGGAAGGACACAUGGGUGUGGUGUGGUGCAGGAGACGCCGGUGUGCGCGACUUUGUGUUUGGCGAGUUGGUGGCGUACGAGCACUUCGAGCGGCACCACAAGAUUCAGAAUCUGCGGUCCACCUACUCCAGACCGUCCCCCGUCUACAAGAAGCUGUAAGUAAGGCACACUCUGACUGACACCGACACACGCCACGCCAGACAGCGAGACACAUACACACGCGCACUCACCCCACCCUGCACGUGUCUAUGGAUGUGUGUGUUGUGUGCAGUGCGGUGUUGGCUGAGAAGCUCAAAAUGAAGCUCUAUGACCUCCAAUGCAACGCAAUCAUCCUCGACGACUCGCCGGGCGUGUGGAUUGAGGAUUUCGCGGUAGGUAAAACUGACUGACGAGCCAAAACAUCCCACCCUGCCGCACAUUCUUGGUUGUGUGUCAUUCAGCAUGUGGUGCCGUCGGUGCGUUGGUGUCGCUGGCCGAGUGAUUUCAUGAGCCGGCAUCUGGCCUGGGCCAUCGAGGCGGACCCACCGCACACACAAUACGUCACCGACAGACAGCUAUACACGUGAGCGACCCAGCGAUACACACACAUCUAUCUAUCCAUCCAUCCAAGCCACCCAUCCAUCCGCCCUCUGUGGCUGCUUUGUCCCUCAGGUUUACUGAGUUGCUCAAGGAGGCUCGGACACAUCUGUUAGCCUCCCUCUGUCCACACCUGCAUGGCCUCAUCACUGGAUGGUUUAAUUAGGUUCGCGCCCGGCGGCAGCUGCGCCAUCACAGCCCUCAACCGCUCCAUCAGCACACACAUCAACCUCACCAUGACCGCACCCGAAGUCCCCGAAGGUCAGUCAAUCAAUCAAUCAGUCAGUCAGUCCCUCCCUCUCCGUCCAUCCACCCUCGUCCCCUUCUCUUUGUAUGUGUUCACAUGCAGGUAUGCGGGCGGUCCGUUUUGCCUUUCCCGAAGGAUUCGAGUCGACGAGGGAUCGCAAGGCCCUCAAAGAGUGGUCAGUCAUGGCAUGCCUCCUUCAGCGCGCACCCCAACGCAGCAGCCAUGUGUGUCUGUGGCGCAUACAAUGUCUGGCUGCAGGGUGCAGAGCCUCAUCGAGCGCUAUGGCGGAGGAGUCGUCGCGGUCGAGAAGCAUGGUAUUAUGCCUGACCCCCCCACCGCCCCACCAGCUGACACGUGUAUUUAUGUGUGUCUCUUGUUUCUCUCUGUCGUGCAGCUGACAUUGUCCUGCACGGUGACUACACUGGCCAUGGGCGGCUCCGUUGGACCUCUACUCGCUCCGAAACUGCCCACGGCCGGCCGACGGUGUCGGCCCGCGACAUCCACCUGGCGCUCACCAGCUUCACGACCCUGCCCGCCGUCCAGGCUGUCAUCGACGGGGUGCAGAGGCGUGACUGAGUAAAUGUAAUGUGUUGUGUGUUUGUACGUUGGACGUCAUGCAUGUAUAGGGGAGAGGACUUUCCCACCGACUGACCGACUGUGCGU